AUGCAUAUCCAAGACGCCUUCCGUCGGUAUUCGUUCUCGUCGCGGGCUUCUUCGUCGUCGCUGUCUGACCGUGACGACGACGACGCCAUCACGCCCGUGGAGGACGAGUACUGUGAAGCAAAGCUACAAGGCGCCGAGGCAGACAAACAGGCACAGGCAUCAGCGCAGACCCAAGAACAAUGUCGGGAUCCGCCGACGCCGAACAACACACCGGCCGAACUCGACAACGCCGUCUUGUGGCACCGCAUGCUCGCCCUGCAGCGCCGCUACCACUGCUACAACUCGGCACGCAUGAGUGCCGCUCUGGAAGAUGAAGCCGUCGAGGCAGCUGUUCCCCCCCGCCCUUGCCUCGACUUGCUCAACGACAGCAUAGCCUCCUCGUGGGUAUGUGACGAGGCGCCGGACGAAGUGGCGGCCCUGCUGGUGCUGGUGCCGGACCGGCGGCGCAGCUGGGUCGGCGGCUGCUAUGGCGAGUUGGCGGCUGCGUCGUCGGCAACGGCCGCGGCAUCAACGAAACCGGACAGCACCGAAACCGGUCGCACGUCGGUAGACUCUGUUUCGACAACGACGCCCUCGAACAACGGCGCCGCGCGGCACCACGAACAGAUGCGGCGGCAGCGCGUGUGGCGCAAGAGACGCGAGGGCGUUUGA